CCAGGGCUAAGAACAUAAAUUGUAGAUACAUAAUAUGACUCUCUAAAUAUAUUCCAUGGAUCUCUUGGUCAAAAUUAUUUUAAAGAUAUGUACCUUUGCAGUACCUCUGACCCCACUUUGAGAACACCCGAAUAGGCUUUCGAGAGGUGUGGCGGGUGCACUCAGUAGCAACACUGCACGCCCGACAUCGACGGAGCUCUCAAACAAACAGGUAUUACAUGGAUGAAAUUCGCAAAGUUGGCUUCCAGAAGGCAUCCAGCUUCUCAGUUCCCUGGGCAAGAGGAUGGUGCUGGCUGGUGUGCUGCUUUCCUCUGCCCUCGCCCUGUUCGGAUGUACCUUCACACUAGGCAUGCGCUACAACAAAGACCAAGCACAGAGCCCGUGUCUGACCAAGGCCUGUUUCACGGUGGCCAGUAAGAUCGUAGAGGGCCUGGACCGCAGCGCUGACCCCUGCCAGGACUUCUACCAGUACGCCUGCGGGGGUUGGGUCCGCAAGAACCCUCUCUCCGACGGACGCUCUGGUUGGAGCACCUUCAACAGCGUCUGGGACCAGAACCAGGCUGUCCUCAAACACCUGCUGGAGAACGUCACUUUCAACUCCAGAAGCGCGGCGGAGAGGAAGACGCAGUUCUACUAUCUGUCCUGUCUCAAUGAGCAGCACAUUGAGGAGCUGGGAGCCACGCCCCUUAUUGACCUCAUCACAAAGACAGGGGGCUGGAGCAUCACUGGGCCCUGGGAGAAGGACAACUUCAUGGAGGUGCUGAAGACCGUGUCGGGCCCCUACCGCGCCCAGCCCUUCUUCACAGUCAGAGUCCGUGUGGACCCCAAGAAUUCCAAUAGCAACGUCAUCCAGGUGGGCCAAUCAGGGUUGUUCCUCCCCCCGUGGGACUAUGACAGCAAUACAGCCAAUGAAAAGGCAUAUCUGGAUUACAUGGUGGAGCUGGGCCUGCUGUUGGGAGGGGAUAAGAACUCCACGCAGAGCCAGAUGCAGCAGAUCCUGGACUUUGAGACAACGCUUGCCAACAUCACCAUAUCGCAGGACAAAUGCUGCGACAAGGAGAAGAUCUACCACAAGAUCACCAUCGCCGAGCUGCAGCUGCUGGCUCCGGCGGUGGACUGGCUGGACUACCUGUCCUUGGUCCUGUUCCCUCUGGACCUGAAUGACACGGAGCCCGUGGUGCUCUAUGCCAAGGAGUUCCUGCAGCAGGUGUCUGACCUGAUCAACAAGACUGAUCGCAGCCUGCUCAACAACUACAUGAUCUGGAACCUGGUGCAGAAGGGAGCGUCCAGUCUGGACCAGCGCUUUGAGAACGCCCAGGACAAGCUGCUAGAGAGCCUGUAUGGAACCAAGAAGUCCCGCACACCUCGAUGGCAGACCUGCAUUGGGAACACAGAUGACACGCUCGGCUUCGCCCUGGGAGCGCUCUUUGUAAAAGCGACGUUUGAUAAACACAGCAAAAAGAUUGUAGAGGGGAUGAUCAAUGAGAUCCGUACUGCGUUCAAAGAUGCUCUGGAUCACAUCAAGUGGAUGGACAAACAGACGCGGACGGCAGCCAAAGACAAGGCGGACACCAUCUACAACAUGAUUGGAUUCCCUGACUUUAUCCUGGACCCCAAAGAACUGGAUGAUGUUUACGACGGGUAUGACGUCUCAGAAGACAACUUUUUCCAGAACACGCUCAACUUCUACAACUUCUCCGCCAGGGUGAUGGCCGAUCAUCUCCGCAAGCCACCCAGCAGUGACCAAUGGAGUAUGACCCCUCCCACAGUCAACGCCUACUACAUGCCCAACAAGAAUGGAAUUGUCUUCCCAGCUGGAAUCCUUCAGGCACCCUUUUACGCCCAGCAUCACCCCAAAGCACUGAACUUCGGGGGGAUCGGAGUGGUGAUGGGACACGAACUCACUCAUGCCUUUGGUGUCCAGGGCAGGGAAUACGACAGAGAUGGGAACCUUCGGCCAUGGUGGCAAAAUUCCUCUGUGGACGCAUUUAAGAAUCGCACGGAAUGCAUGGUUGAGCAGUACAAUGGGUUUACCAUCAAUGGGACGCAUAUAAAUGGCAAGCAGACGCUGGAAGAGAACAUUGCUGACAACGGCGGCCUAAAGGCAGCCUAUAAUGCAUACCAGUCAUGGGUGCAGGAGAACGGUGAGGAGAAGAGGCUGCCGGCGGUCAACCUGACCAAUGACCAACUGUUCUUUGUGGGAUUCGCCCAGGUGUGGUGUUCCGUGCGAACCCCAGAGCGUGCCCACCAGGGACUCAUGACAGACCGCCACAGCCCCCCAAAGUACCGCGUCAUCGGCACCCUCUCCAACUUGCCAGCCUUUGCAGAGCACUUCCAGUGCCCCACUGGCUCCCCGAUGAACCCUGGUCACCGCUGCACAGUGUGGUAGGGCCUGGGAAAACCACAGGGGGGUGCUGUCUGUGGAGUCUGCAUGGAGAACCAAGAGGAGGAGUUGAUCUCUGCAUUGGACCUUUUUUCUAUUUUUAUUCUUUGUACAUAAUGAUGGACUACUAGUGGUGAGUAGAGCAGCACAGACUCCAGGUUAGCGAGAGGGAGGCGUGUUGAGAGAAAAGUUGUCGUCUGCUGAUGCAUGUGUAAUUCCAGUGUUAGGGGAUGGUAUUUUUCCUCCUUUUCCACACCCCAGUUUGUGUGGUGCACAAAGACACGUUUUAUUUAGUGUUUGCUGGACUUAGUGGGGGGCCGGGGAGGAGGAGCCAUUAGGGGAUGUCUGUCCACACCCCUUUCUCUAUGCUUCCGGGUCAUAGCUGUCCUCACUGUGUGCCCUGUUUACAAUUGAAACCGGAGCCCUCUUUUGACUGAGGGAUCUCCCUGAAACCACUAUGACCUCACAGGAAGUGGUCAUCACCCUCUGACCUCGCAGGAAGUGCAGGAACUUCACUCUGACAUCGCAUGAUGGAGGUUCAGGUGCCUUUGUGACCUCACAGGAAAGUAUCGUCCCAGCCCUAUGCAGUAUAUGUGUGGCUCUGGUAAAUGGUAGUUCCCUGUAUGGGGUGUCAUUUAAAUAGGGUGUAAUUUGAGAUGGAGCCAUAUAGACUCGCUUCUCCUUUUUCUGUUGCAUCACAAGGUGCACUGGCUUCAGUGACAUCACAAUGAAUCCCCCAGCAGUGGUGGGGGAUCCUAAUACUUUAAAAUGGCCUCCCCUCCUAUUUACCAUGUUCUACUACUGGACAGAUGAAAGCACUAUGAAGCCUACUGAUAACCCUUGCCAACAUAUUGCUUUUAGUUAUCUAAUUUCUUAAAGAUUGUUGGCGAGCAUUUUGAGUACAUAGGAAAGGGUACUUAGAAAAGCCACUUAACAGUGUUGACCCAACCAGGAGCAGGGUGCCAAUGCCCCUAGACGCCGAUCUUGGUUCAGUUUUGUAUUUUCAGCACUAAUGGUUAAGGUUAGGAUUGGGGGAGGGUUUGCUGAUCGUAUAUUUGUACUUAAGGGAAACUUCAUCCAGGAGCAAGCAACCACAAGAUCGGCAGAGCUCCCUCUGGGACCUAUAGUGUGCUGGACAAUCUGGGACUCUGGUUGUAGGGACCAUCACCACUUGCUUAUCUGUGUGUUAUAGUUGUUAUUGGCAUAUUAUGAAGUUGACAAAGUUGAAAUGAGAUGCACAUCUUUAAAUCUGCCUUUUGUCAAAGA